AUGAAUGCGAUGAUAGGAAAUGUGGGUGAGUUCGACCCUAAACGUGAAAAAUGGUCAAACUAUAAAAAUAGGCUUGAACUAUGGAUGAAGACCAAUAAGAUAGAAACUGAUCUGAAAGCAGCUACUCUGUUAACGAUAGUAGGUCCGGACAUAUUCGAGACAGUUUCAAGUUUGGUGUUUCCGAACGAUGUCAUGACGCGCACCUACGAGGAAUUAGUUGCCGCUCUAGAAGGACAUUUCGCGAUCACAGUAACGCCACUAGCCGCAAGGCUGAAGUUUACGUCGCGUAAACAGAAGGAGACUGAAUCACUGUCCGAUUUCAUCGCUGAUUUGAAACGUUUGACAGUCGAUUGCAAGUACACGGCAGAAGAUAAAGUAGAGGAACGUCUACUAGAGACUUUGUGUCACGGUGUUAGGAACGGGAAGAUUACGAAGCGACUACUUGAUGAAUCAGUAAAAGGUGAUCUUACGUGGAAAUCGGCAUGCAGAAAGGCUCUUGACAUGGAGAUGGUCGAUAAGGAUUUAAAGGGGUACUCCACCGAACAUGACGUUAAUCGUGUCAAACCAGGAAAGUACAGUAAACAACAGAGGAGCAAGGAAUCGCAACCUCCAUCUCGACCCAUGGCUACUGGCAGAUGUACGCGAUGCCAUGGCGAGCAUGACGCGAAAGACUGUUUCUACAAACACCAGACGUGCCACACAUGUGGCAAGAUAGGACACCUGUCUCGUGCAUGUCACAGUAAGGAGUCUACAGGAACGUCACAUGGUCGUGGGAAUUUCCGGGGACGCGGAAACUUUCGGGGACGUGGAUCGUUCUACUCACGAGGUCGUGCAAAGUAUGCACAUUAUGUUGGUCACACGGAUCAAUCCGAUAUCGAGCGAGUUAACGAGGAUUCGCUACAGGCUAUAUAUCACACAGAUGUAGGAAAUAUAAAUAGUAAAGUCGAUGAAUACAAGGUGAGACUCAACGUUAAUGGUGUAGAUGUCAGGUUCACGCUGGAUACCGCAGCGUCAGUCACAAUAAUAGGUGAGAAUACCUACUACAGGCACUUCAGUUCACUGAAAUACACAGCGUCAGAUGCAAAUCUGGUCAGUUAUAGUGGUCAACGAAUCGAAGUGCUUGGAGAGAUCAAGGUUUUCGUGAAGUACAAAAACGCAGAGAAAAUGUUGCGCUUGAUUAUUGCGAAGGGAAACAAAGUGUCUCUGCUUGGUAGAGAUUGGUUGAGUGAGAUCAAGUUAGAGUGGUCUGAAAUCUUCACUAUUGGUUCCAACCGAAAUCGCACUGUCGAGAAGUUAGUUGAGCAAUAUCACGAGGUAUUUGAAGGACAGGGUACGAUCAAAGGGUUCAAGGCAGAAAUCCAGGUCAAAGACGGCACCAAACCGGUUUUCCACAAACCUAGGCCAGUGCCGUACGCGUUGCGCGAUUCUGUAGAGAAGGAGUUAGAUAGACUUGAAAAAUCCGGUGAUGUGGAAAAAGUGGAUCGAAGUGAUUGGGCUUCACCAAUCGUGGUUGUGCCCAAGGCAGACAAAAGUGUCCGUAUCUGUGGAGACUACAAGAUCUCAGUCAAUCUCCACAUUGUGGAUAAACCGUAUCCACUGCCCACUGCUAAGAAUAUUUUCGCUAAGUGUUGGUUGGAUUUGAACGAGGAUGUGGCCAGUUUUCAAGAUGAUAUCAUCAUUGCUAAAGAUGAUGAUCACGAAUACUUGAAGUCACUUGAUUUGGUACUGGAGAGACUAGCCAAGUACGGUAUCAAACUCAAACGUGUCAAAUGUCGGUUCAACAUGACUUGGGUCGAAUAUCUGGGUCAUAGGAUUGAUGCCGAGGGAAUUCAUCCGACACAGGACAAGGUUGACGCGAUUAAACACUAUCUAGUUGUAGUGGAUAGUUACUCAAAGUGGCCAGAAGUGGUGAAGAUGAACACCACUACCGCAGAAAAGACUAUAAAGGCAUUCCGGAGCAAUGGUCCGCCCUCUACACCUGAGGAAUUUGAGAGAUUCUGUGCUAGCAAUGGCAUCGAGCACAUUCUGUCUCCACCAUACCACCCCGCUACAAAUGGGCAAGCGGAGAACGCUGUAAAAACUGUGAAAAAUGCGCUGAAAAAGCAUUUUCUGGACGAUAAACAGAGUGGAUUGUCUGAUGCUACUUCUGAGGGACUGAACGAUUCCAGUUCUCAAGAGACUGUAGAGACAUUCAAUUCUGCUGCUGUGGUUCCACCGCCAGAACCACAGACUCCCAAACCUAAGGCUGUUACCGCUAAGCCUGUCGAGAACAGAGACAUUGGGACUAUGAGAGACUCGCAUCCCGAUGCAUCUAACACACCUGUUAGACGCUAUCCUGUGAGGGACAGAAAGCCCUCUGUGGAACUCAAGGACUAUGUUACUGUGCAUUCUGUCUAA